UUUGACUGAGGGAGUGUGAGAAUGAAGAAGAGAGGGGAUAAAAGAGAAUAAGAUUUGAAAUAACAUCAACAGCUGCAACAAGUAGAAUUGGAGCUCAAUAAAAGCAACUGGAAUCUCAUACAGGGUUUCUUCUGGAGUUUGAAGCCGGCCUUUGGGGUACGCCGGCUCCUGUCGGAAUGGACGAGCUACUUUAAUGGAUGGUUCAGGGAUACCCUAAACAUGUUGCUGACGGGCAUGCCAUGGCUCCAGCUCAAGAUUGCACAGUCUAUGGCCUUGGCUGGUCUCCUGCUGCUGUUCUCUUUGCUCCAAGCAGCCACCACCUCAUGUCCUAGAAGCUGCCAGUGUUUUGACAACAAUGGCAAGUUUGUACGCUGCACUGGCAAGAACCUGAAAGAAAUACCCAAAGACCUCCCUGCUGAUACUGUGUUCUUACAUCUCAACUCCAACAGGAUAACCAAAAUACCCAACAAUGCCUUCAAGGACUUAAACCUACUCAAGGAGCUGGAUUUAUCCAAAAAUGCCAUUGAGUCAAUAGAUAUUGGAGCAUUUAAAGGAAUCCCCAAGAGCCUCAAGAUGCUUGACCUCUCAAGCAAUCAGAUUCAGAGUGUACCAAAGGAGGUCUUUGGUAAAAUUAAAGCAAAGGUCCGUCUGUCCAACAACCCAUGGCGAUGUGAAUGUACGCUGCAGCAAGUCAUCAAGGAUUUGACCCUUGAUCCAGAGACGGUCAACGACUUCAUCUGCCAGUCCUCCGUGCAGGAGGAGUACACGGGAAAGCCACUUGCCCAGAUCCUCGAUUCAGGUAUCAACUUCUGCAACAUUCACCAGAAGACGACUGACAUCGCCAUGUUCAUCACCAUGUUCGGCUGGUUCACCAUGGUCAUCUCCUACAUUGUGUACUACGUGCGCCAGAAUCAGGAAGAUGCCAGGCGCCACCUUGAGUACCUGAAGUCCCUUCCCAGCACACAGAUCACCAAGGAGUUUGACACAAUCAGUACUGUACUAUGAGGUGGAUUACCCUCCGUAGUGUGACACCUAUCCAACCUUAAUAUUGGAUGAGUCAGUAAGAUUCCUGGCUCAACCACAAGUGCCUCAUUUGCUAAUUAGAGAUUGUACGCUCUUUGACUUUUUUUUAAUAAUU